AUGUCUGACCUGUGCUUGUAUGAGUUAGAAGACUUAGUUUGGGAUGACUUUUGCCAGAGUGAUGAUCAUAUAGUUCCUUAUCCUGGAUCUGGGAGAACAGCUGAUCAUUCCAUUCUAAGUGACAGCCACAACAAACCUUGCAGUGAAGUAACAAGCUCUUCAAAUAGUACUAGAGAUGAAUCUUCCAUCAGGAAUGUCAAUAUGGGAAUAGAUCAAGGGGGAUUUCCGUCUCUGAAUAAAAGAACGUACACUAUGCUCGAAAAUGAUUCAUGGUGCAACACGACAAGUGGCGUAUCUCCUUCUUCACCCGAAAGUAAUUCUAUCAGAGAGGCAUCAAGUGUAGCUUCUGAAAACACCACAUCAUCUCGUCAUGCCUCAAAAAGCAAUAAGACGGACUGGAAUAAUAAUGAAAUCUGUACAAAUGAUACCAUUCUUAGUAAAAAGAGCACUGCGGUUGAUAACAGCUCUUUCGGCGAAGCACUUGGUGACAUUACUCACACAGGAAGCAAUCUCGAUUUCUUCGAGAAUACGGAGAACAAAGAUUCUAGUGAACUUUUGUAUUACGGUUGGCCUGAAAUAGGAAACUUUGAAGAUGUUGACAGGAUGUUUAGGAGUUGUGAUUCGACAUUUGGGCUUGGGGCCAGUAAAGAAGACGAACUAGGCUGGUUUGGGUCUGCAGAUAAUAUAGGAGGAUCUGGAGACACAGUGAAGUCAGAGUUUGAGUUCCCAUAUCCUGAGCCAAAUCCAGUGGAAUACACUUCGCAAAAUGACUCUUCCAAGAGUGAUUUCAUCAAUGAUAUUUCCAUAGGGGAAGACUGUUCUUGGACUUCCAAGAAAUCUGAUUCAUUCACGUCUUUAGUGAAUGAACCUGUUAUGGCCAACAGCAAAGAUAGGUUUAUCUCCAAAGAACAGAUCAACAAUGACAAAAAUCAGGUUAAGCUACAGGUCCAGUCCACCGGUAAAAGAAAAGAGCACUGUUUUGGAAAUGGCACUUUCAAUUGUACGAUCGACCUUCACGAUGAACCAAUGCGGCUCCCUCUAUCUUACAUGCACUCAAACAACAGUCCUGAUCUGACCUCGGUAAAUCUGGCUCCAUCUGCUAUCAAAUCCGAGAUUCAUGGUUUGAAAUCUCCUUCACUGAGAGAUCCCUCCUAUGCAUCCAUCCAAUUGCAGAAUGACCCUAAAUUUCCUGUGGCUGGAAAAAGAGAGAAGCUACAGAAUGAUCCUGGAGUUGUCAGCCUUGGAAUUCCAGCAGAGAUGGGGCCUUCACUUAUACAAGAGUACUCGACAAUGAGUUCAGGCGUGGAUGAUGUUUCGCCGGAAGCUGCUAGUUUUCGACAGCUUCAGCUUGUUAUGGAACAGUUGGAUUUGAGAACAAAAAUAUGCAUAAGGGACAGUUUGUACCGUCUGGCCCAAAGUGCCGAACAGAGGCAUAACCAUGCAAACUUGAACGGCAGUUGUGCAGUCGAAAUAGAUGCAGGUGGAGCAUUCUUUGCCACAGGGACAAACGAUUUCAUGAGUAUCGAAACAGACACGAAUCCUAUAGACCGCUCGAUAGCCCAUUUAUUGUUUCACAGGCCUUCAGAGCCUUCCAACACAGUUCAUGGAUCGAGCACGAGCCCACCUGUAACAGUCGAGAAUUUGCUCACUUGUGAAGAGAAUGCCUCCAAAAUAGAGAAAGCCACCAACUGCAAACUGCAGAAAUCUCGAGAGGAAGUGUCAUAA